UUUUUACCAGCUUUUCAGUCAUAUUAGCUCGGAACCUGACUUAUAGUAGGUCCCAGCAUGAUUCUUCUUUCCUUUUCCCUUUUAUUGCAGUACAGACUAUAGAAAGUUACAAUUGAUUCAUUUUCUUAUCUACUAUUAGCCAAUCAUGUCAAGUUCACGGUCUCUGAAAAUUGGCAUAGUUGGAUUCGGUUCAUUUGGCCAGUUUCUGGCUAAGACUAUGAUCAAACAAGGUCACACUCUAACUGCAACUUCUCGAACUGAUUACACUCAUUCAUGCCUCCAAUUGGGUAUUCAAUUCUUCAGGGAUGUUAGAACAUUCAUUGAGGCAAACAACGAUGUCAUACUCAUAUGUACAUCCAUUCUGUCUUUUUCAAAGGUUCUUAGUUCUUUGCCACUUUCUUGUCUUAGGCGACCAAAAACACUCUUUGUUGAUGUUCUUUCUGUCAAAGAGCACCCAAGAGACCUUUUAUUACGGGUACUGCCAGAGGAGUCGGAUAUACUCUGCACGCAUCCAAUGUUUGGACCAGAAAGUGGAAAGGACGGGUGGAAAGAUCUCACUUUCAUGUAUGAUAAAGUUAGAAUACGUGAUGAAGAUACCUGCUCUAAUCUCCUCCAUGUUUUUGUUAGUGAGGAUUGUAGGAUGCUACAAAUGUCCUGUGAGGAGCAUGAUAAAAUAGCUGCAAAGAGCCAGUUUAUCACACACACAGUAGGCAGGACAUUGGCAGAAAUGAAUAUUGAGUCUACACCUAUUGACACAAAGGGCUUUCAGACACUUAUUCAACUGAAGGAUACCACCAUGAGAGAUAGUUUUGAUCUUUAUAGUGGAUUAUUUAUAUGUAACAGAUUCGCUCAUCAAGAGCUGGAAAAUCUCCAACAUGCCUUGCACAAAGUUAAAGAGACGCUGAUUCAAAGGAAGAGUGAGGAGCUGAGUCCAAAACAAGACUGAAUGUUGAUGCUUAAUAAUCUUGUUGACCUUGUUCAUUCAUUAAAUACGUUUCAUCAUUUUCUUCUAUUAGGCAUCGAGCAAAAUAUCUAUGGUAUUUUCAAAAUCAACAAUUACUGGAAAUUAUGUUUAAUAAUGAGAGCAUCUUUCA